AUGCCCACCCUCCCGGACACCCUCCGCGCAGCCACCCUCCUGGCCUCCUUCGGCCUCUUCGUCGUGCUCCCGCUCUACACCCCGCUGGGGAUCGCCCCCGCCAUCGCCGGGGCCCUGCGCAACCAGGCGGGUCUCGACGCCUCCCAGUCCGGCCUCUACCGUAACGUCUACAUCUCCACCGUGGGCCUCUUCGUCCUCUCCCUCUACGUCACCGGCGACCGGGUUGAGAUAAGCAGGGAAAUUCAGGUUGUGAUUCGCGGCGUUCCCGCAGAAGAAUUUCUGCGGCUGGUCGAAGGUGCGUCGCCUUUCCUCCUCGCCAAGACACGGAGCCCCGACAUGGUGGUGAGCGGGGCAAACUACACGGACGGGAAGAAGAAGCGCAUGGGCCUGACCCUAGCACUGAAGAAUGACCAGCGGGUGGACCCCGAGGACACGGUGCCGCUGUGCGAGUAUGGGAAGUUGAUCUUCGUGAGCGAGGACUGCCACACGCUCAUCCAGAACACGGGCCAGGCCAAGACGUUCCUUAGGGAGGCCUGCUCCAAGAAGUCGGAUGCGGACGGCGGGGCGAAGACGGGUGAGAACUACAACAAGAAGCUCAUGCUUAUGGAGGAGCCAAGGAUCAUGCUCAUCGCCACAAACCGCAAGGAGACUGAGAUGGGUGACGUCUUUUCGCUCGCGGCGCGGCUCAGGUUCUUCGAGUCGGCGGCGGAGGACACGUGCGUACCCCUGAGGACGAGCGAGCAGGAGAACCACACGCGGGCCAGGCUUGGCAGCGACGCCGUCACCGCCGUGUCCACCACCUCCGCGCGCUUCUCCCUCGCCCACGACCUUGGGCACCUGCUGGCCCGGGCCGACGGAAGGGGCAAGGAGUCGGUGGACCUGAACCUGACCCGGUCGAGGCAGAACGCCCUGCUCAUCGUGGUUCAGCACGCCUGCACCGCCAUCGCACAGCUCUUCACGCUGAGUGGGUUCCGUCUUUACUGCAACGAGAACAAUUGCGUCUCCCGCAUGGUGCAGAAGGAGGUCAAUGCCGUCCUUUUUAGAAUUUUGGAGCCCCUCUUGAGCUCGGAUGUGAACGAGGAGGACCGCUUCGUCAGGAAGCAGGAGGGGCUUAUGCUCUCUCUAGCCGUUCCGAUGCACAUCCAGGCCAUCGUGCUGCGGAAGCUGCUGGCACAGACAAUGCGGGGCGCGACACCGGACCUCGACACCCUGGUGCGCGACAGCAUCAUGGAGCUGAUCUUCUCCGACCUCUCUCUGCACUGCAUGGUGUCCGCCUACGUCUCCAACGUGACCUACGACUCUUUCAUGUACGUGAUGAUGCGCUGCUGCAUCCGCAAGCUGGAGCUGCCGACGGGCUACACCCUCCCGCUCCUCGUCCGCCUGGUGGAGGCGGGCUCGAUCGAGGGGAUGGAGGGGGCGACGGCGCAGGAGGUGGCGGCGCUCACGGCGCUCAGGGUGUGGGUGCAGCACCGCAUGAAGUUCCUGGUCCAGACCAAAGAUUUGUACAGCACUAAGCCGAGGGAGGUGGACAGCCUUAUGGAUAGCUACCUAGGGAUAAGGGAGCACUGGACGAGCGCGGAGGGGCGCUCCAACUUCAUCGCGGACGCGGGAUUCUUCGCCAGUGGCCAGAUGGAGGACGCGGAGGGGGAAGAGGCGGGGAAGAACAUAUGGAAGACGAUCCAGGGCCUGCUCUUGGGGCUGCCGGAGGUGCAGAAUGCCUUCUCUAGCUUCCGCCUGCGGAGGGAGAUGCUGAGCCCCGAGCUGCUUCAGAUGCUCUUCGGUGCCAAGCGGCUGAACCGUGCCUGCAUGGACACCAUCUUCGGGAGGGAGGGCUUCAAGUUCGUCGAGCUGCUGCAGGCGCUCGGGGUGCCCGCCGAGCUCGUGCCCGCGGGGUGGAAGAAGAUGAGCCUGCACUCGGCGCUCAGGGACGAGGGCAACCGCAACUCCAACAUCUUCAACCUCGUCUACGUCGGGAGGACCUCCUGCGUGCUGGCAGUCAACGUGAUCGCGCUGGUGCUGCUCGCCCCCCUCUUCCAGACGGAGAACCUGAACAUCCUCCACCAGCUGCAGCAGAAGCACACCACCUGCAAGGCCGUGGAGUUUGCCAUCACGCGGAAGGUGCCCAGGGCUUACUGGCCCCGCGGCGCGCUCCCCGUGCUGCAGGUCGACCACCUCGGCAAGUGGAUCAGCUUCCGCCUGCCCGACGAGGAGGCGCUGCCGCCGCACCGCUGGCUCUUCCCUCGCAUCCACGACAUCGAGUGGCAUGGCGCGCAGCCAAGGAUGAAGGGCAACGCCUCCAGCAUCACGCCCUUCUUCGAGGAGGAGACAGCAAUAUGCGGGAACAUGGUCGGCAUGGCAAAGCGGAUGCGGGAGGGCAUGGAGCUCACCGACGACCCCAUCCCCUUCUUCGACUACCUGCAGAUGAUCGACAACUUCCGCACCGAGGGCCCGGAGUUUUUGAUGCCGCUGGAUUACGACGCCUUCAACCUCUACGUCCUGGUGACCCCCGAAGGGCAGUACGUCCUCUGCAAGAUCAUAGACGACGGAGCACCGCAGGUCGACAUCUACCUCUUCAACGUGAACCAGGACUUCCACAUGGAGAGAGAGGAUGUCAUCCGCAUCCCGCUGUCAAACAUGCACACCGCGCUCAUGCGGCUGCGCGCCUACCCCUACCCCCGAAUCUUCUGCCGCCGUCUGGUGUUCGCUGGGAGGCAAUACCGCGACAAGUACGAGGGCCUGGAGGGCAGGGAGUCCAUCGCCUCCUUCGGCGUCGUCCUCGCCCCGCCCGGGGAGAUGAUCCUGGACUACGACGGAACCUACACCGUGGAGCUCUACGAUCUUGAGCGCGACGAGCCCUUCACGGCCGUGAAGGGCUCAUACAGAGAGAAGUCAACAACGGCAUCCGGGAGCGUGGUUGGAUUGGAUCGUAUGAUCAACAUGCCGAUUCCAAAUUGA